UAGAAUGCGUGGAGUCUUGCCAGUUGUCUUUCUUAGCAAAACUAACCUGUCGUCUGAUCUGUACAAUACAAUACAAUCCCUCUGCAUCUCUCACUUCUUCUGACUCAUUUCCCUUUUGUUUUUGUCUUCUUCCCCUUACACCAUCUCUCUCUCUCAAAUAUUCUCUUUUGGUACAUCCUCUUUGCUUGAGGUUCAGCGUGCUACCAACCUUUUUUUUCCUUUAAAAGGGAUUCAUUCAGUCUCCUCUUUCGGGUUUUUCUCCCAAGAUUCUCUCUUUCUUUAUUUCUUUCACCAUCCCAAUUCUCCCUUCAAUUCAUUCAUUCUCUCUCUUACUUUGUAUUUUUAAGAGCCACAUCAAUUAUUCAAAAUUCAGUCAUUGCUCUUUGUUUUGAUCAUUCUGUUCUUUCUUCUUCUAUAAAGAGAUCGGCUGUGGUAAUGAUAAAUGAUGAUUAUGGUGUUUGUUACUACCGAGAUUGACACGGCUUGGAUAGAUGUUCAUUUUAGUGGGGGACUCUAUUGAAAACUGGUCAGAUUGUGCUGCCCUUAAAAGUUGGAUCUUGACUUUGCAACAUAUGUGGACGAGUUCUCUUCAUAGAUGUUGAUCCCUUGUGACUUAGCUCUGUUGGUUCCUCCCUCCCCUGGCUUUGGUGGGGUUGAAUGGAGCAACUUUGUGUAUAUCAGGAACCAUUCUCCAUCAUUUGGUGUUGGGGUUAGGCAAGAUAAGUUUUUGGAGGUUCCUCAGAUUGUGUGGGGAUUGAACAACCAGAAGAUUGCAUUUGCAAGGGCUUGCCAUACCGCUAGAACGAUGAAUCGAAUUCUGUUGAUGCCUAGUCUUAGUGCCUCCUUGUUUUACAAAGAAAUUGACCUCUUGCAACCCAUUUCCUUUGACAGGGUGUUCCAAUAUGACAAGUUUAAUGCACUGUGCAGCGGGUUUGUGCAACUGGGUCGGUACUCAGAUCUCUCGAACCAAACUCGGGUGCUUGAGAUGCAGAAAGGGAGUGGUAGGAAGUGGACAGUGGAGAGGGAUUUGGAUCAAUUGAGAGAUUAUAGUAAAGGGGAGUUUGAGGACCACGAGGUGAUUAGGAUAGUGGGGAAGAACCCUUUCUUGUGGCAUGAUCAUUGGCCUGUGAAGGACUAUGCAAAGGUUUUUGAGUGCUUAGUUUUGAUAGAUGAGAUUGGUCGAGAAGCAGAUAGAGUUGUGUCUAGGAUUAGAGCAGUUGGAAGAGAAACACAAAGCAAUAGUGAAUCAGUGGAAUUGGAGAAUGAUAGUUCUUCUUUUCAGCCUCUUCCUUAUGUUGCUGUCCACAUGAGAGUGGAAAUUGAUUGGAUGAUUCAUUGCAAAAAAUUGGAGCAGAGAUUGAACACAAACCAAAUUUGUAGUAGCAAGAAAGAGAUAAUGGAAAGAGUUGCCAACAUCAAAGGUUUGAAGACUCCAUCCGUUGUUUAUCUUGCAGUAGCUGAUAAACUCCUUCAAAAUUCUUCAGUACUUGAAGGUUGGGAAGAAGGCUUUCUACCUUAUGAGAAGAAGAAACUUGGUGUUGAUGGAAUUUACAAGAAGUAUCCAUAUCUAAUUCAAUCAGCAAUUGACUAUGAAGUGUGCUUGAGGGCUGAUAUCUUUGUAGGGAACAGCUUCUCCACAUUUUCGAGCCUUAUAGUUCUUGAAAGAACACAAAAGAUUAUCACAAUGGGUGUGAACAUGUGUGGAAAAGAUGUAACAUGGCCCUCUUAUGCUUACAACAUACAAGGAGAAUCAAAUGGCCCUAUGAGAUGGGUCACAAAUAUGUCUCAUUCAACCCUUCAAGAAAUCAGCUAUGGCACCAACCACAUUUCUUGUUGACUAUGCAAUCUCCUUUCUCUUGUCUCAAUUUUCUCACUUCUGGAUUUUCGUUAGGACACUUAACUCUUUUUUUAUGUAGAGAAUUCAACAAUGGUACAUAGCUGUUCACAGGACACUAAGGUACAGUUUCUCAUUAUUUUAACUCUUAAUAUAAUGCAUUAUUGUAAAACAUUCAGGAUGGUUUUGGUACUUAGCUGUUCACAGUACACUAUGUUAAUAUUGAGUAGGAAGGGUGUUUUAGGUU